AUGACCGCCAACAAGUUCGUCGUGCACAAGUUCGGCGGCACGUCUGUAGGCAAUGCCGACUCCUUUGCCAAGGUCGCGGACAUUGUAUCGAAGCUAAAGGAUCCACGCAUUGCAGUGGUAGUAUCGGCUAUCGGUGGCAAGCCCAAGGUCACAGACCUGCUUAUUUCGCUGCUCACGCUGGCCAAACAGCGCUGCACUAUCGAAUGCGACGAGAUUCUGGCUACAAUCCGCAAGAAACACCACGAUGUCGUGCGUGCGCUGCUGCCUCGAGACGUUGGUGAGCUCAUUGAGAAGGACAUCGAGCGCGACUUGCAGUCGGUCUCGGAGCUGCUUCGCUCCAUCUCAAUCAUGCAAGCAUGCAACGACAACGUGGUCGAGUUCAUCUCUGGCCAUGGCGAGAUCUGGUCGGCCAAGAUCCUCACGGCUGUCUUGAGCGAAAAGACGGACGUGAACGGCAAGCAGCACGGCUUUCGUUUCGUAGAUGCCCGUGACUUUUUGACGGUCGAGUCCAACAAUGAGCACGGACCAGUCGUGCAGUACGACUUGUCGAUGCAGAAGAUGCACGAGAUUGUCAAGAAUGGACAAGAAGGCAAGGAACGUACGCACCUCGUCGUCACGGGUUUUAUCUGCAGUACAGUCGAAGGUGUCAUGACGACUCUCAAGCGCGACGGCAGCGACUUUACAGCUUCAAUCUGCGGGCGUAUCUUGCACGCUAGCAGUGUCACAAUUUGGACGGACGUGAGCGGUGUAUUGAGUGCCGAUCCACGUCGUGUGCCCGAGUCGCGCAUUUUACCCGAGAUCUCGUACCAGGAAGCAAUGGAACUAGCGUACUUUGGUGCCAAGGUGAUCCAUCCAAAGACCAUGGCGCCUGCCAUUGUCGAAGGUAUCCCCAUCUACAUCCGGAAUACAUUUGAACCUGACCACCCGGGCACGAAGAUCUCUCACCGCAACAAGGUCGAGCUCAAUCGCUCCAUGUCCAAUGGUGCUCCCACUGCACGGAAUAUCGUGAGUGGGUUCUCCACGGUAGAUGAUCUCGCAUUGUUUAACAUUGAAGGAAGCGGCAUGGUCGGUGUGCACGGUACAUCGUCACGGCUCUUCAGUGCACUGGAUCGCGUCAAGAUCAAUGUCGUGCUCAUUGCCCAGGCCAGUUCCGAGCACUCGAUCUGCUUUGCCGUGCCCAUGAAUUGUGCCGAGGUCGCGAAAGACGUCAUUAACGAGACGUUCUUCAAAGAGAUUCACGUGGGGCACAUUGACCAGGCCGAGUACAUUGCACCCGUUAGCAUCAUUGCCGCUGUGGGAGAUCAAAUGAACCAGACUCCAGGUGUCUGUGCUCGCUUCUUUGGUGCACUCGGCCGUGCAAAGAUCAACGUCUUGGCAAUAUCGCAGGGAUCGUCCGAGCGCAACAUUUCUGCAGUAGUUCGCUAUGAAGAUUCGGCUGCAGCGCUUCGGGCUGCACACUCGUCCUUCUUCUUGUCGGAUCAGACCCUUUCCAUCGGUGUAGUCGGUCUCGAGUUCGAAGAGAACGAGACCAACAGCGUUGGGAUAGCACUACUGAAGCAAUACCACCAGCAGCGCGAGUUCCUCAAGCAGCGCUUCAACGUGGAUAUCCGCGUACGUGCCAUCGGAACUCACAUGUCAGCUCAGAUGCUCCUAGACACUGACGGUGAUAUCACUGAAGAAGCUUUGGCAACUCGGAAGAACGAGUUCGUGCCGUUCGACUGGAGCGAGUUCUUGAACCACGUUUGCGUAGACCACCUGCCCCACUGGCUCAUCGUUGAUGUCUCCAAUAGCUUUCACCAUGUACAGGACCUGUACCCGCAAUGGCUACAGCGCAAGGUCCACGUCAUGACGUCCAACAUCAACGUCUCCUCAGUCUCAACGGCAUUGCACAACGCCAUGCAACUAACAGCGAUUAAGAACGAGCUUACGUACGAUCCCGAGGCUACGCUCGCGAUCGGGGUCCCCAUCUUCAAUACGAUCCAGAACUUCAUCCAGACAGGUGACGACAUCCAGCGGGUCGAGUACUCGGGAAGCCGCUUCUUGCAUGCUGUGUUCGACGCUGUCUUUGCAAGCCCGGACCCAGCUCAUGCGGACCUGGAAACGAUCAUGACAGACGUCAUAGCCCAGUACAAGAACGAGUUCAGCGUGCGUGAUAUCAUCGACGACGUGAUGGGCGUGCGCAGCGCCAAGAAGGCAAUCAUGAUUGCUCGAGAGAUGGGCUACGACAUCGAGAUGACCGACGUAGAUAUCAAGAGUCCAUGGGAAGCGAGCGCUACAGUCGCAGGUAGUCAAGACGAAGUCGGUACCUGGAGUUACGACUACCUCUUGAGCUAUUUGCUUGAGGCGAGCGAGCCGUUGAAACAGCAGAUCGCCAGGACAGCAGCAGACCCAAAACAGGCACUGCAGUUGCGCCAAAUGACGUACAUCAAUGCCAGCACGGGAACAAUCUCCGUCCGAGUCGAAGCCUUGUCCCCAAAGCACGCGUUCGCAUCGCUCACAGGCCGCCAAGGUGGCUUUGCGUUCUACACACUGCGGCAUUCGCUGCACCCCGUGGUGGUCACGGGUCCCAUUGCAGACUGCUCGAUCACAGCGGGUUCACUCUUUGGUAGCACGCUAUUCCUCGCCCGAAGUUGCGGGGCUCGUGCUCACAACUGCGGCCACAAACCGCGGCAGCUCGACCAGAACGCAUAA